UUGGGCUCUUCGACUAGAAGAAGCCCGUUCGCACUUUUAACUUUGCACGAGUUCACUGAUUGCUUAGGUCACAGUGCAGAGGCAGAGGGAGAAUUUUUUGGCGACACAUUUCCGUCGUUCUCCGCCGUUCAUAAUCGACGACGUCGCUCUUUUGUUUCCGUGGGGUUUUGGAAGUGUUGUCAUUGUUUUGGACUUGUGUCAGUUCCAAUGGCGUCUUCUAAGAGGCCGAAUGUAGAGCCUAACGGGAAAGGGAAACGCCAAAAAUCUUCCGGUGGUUUUUCGUCGUUGGAUGUUUCUCCAGGGACUGCGGUUUUCCGUUUGCUCUGUCCCGUUUCAAGAAUUGGCAGUGUUAUUGGAAAAGGUGGUGCCAUCAUUUCACAAAUUCGCCAAGAAAGUGGUGUGAAGGUUAAGAUUGAGGAAGCUAUACCUGGGUGUGAUGAAAGGGUUAUCACUAUCUCAGGUUCUGAUAAAGAAGCGGAAGAAGUUCAUGCAGAGCAGGUAAGGGAGGUUAACAAUGAUAAUGCUGGAAUCGAGGGGAAAGGGGAUGAAGAGGAGAGGGAUGGUGGUGAUGGUGCUGGUGAUGAUAAUGAAGAAAAGGAAGAUAAAAGUUCGGUUCUCGUUGAAGAUUCUCCCAGUGAAAAAGGGAAUUCCGCCAUUCGGAAGGCUAUAUCAUUAGUUUUUGAGAGAAUGGUUGAGGGAGUAGAGGAGAUGAGUGAAGGGGAUGAAGAAAGUAAUAAAUCUUCUACCCUUGUUUUUAGGUUACUUAUUCUUACUACUCAAGUUGGAUGCCUUCUGGGAAAGGGUGGUAGUGUGAUUAAGAGAAUGGCAGCUGAAAGUGGUGCACAUAUUCGGAUCCUUCCUAAAGUCAAACUUCCAGCGUGUGCAUCAGCUUCUGAUGAGAUAGUUCAGAUCUCAGGAGGAGUAGAUGUUGUCAGGAAAGCUCUUCAAUCUGUUUCUCAUCAACUAUUGGAAAAUCCACCACGGGAUCAUGAAUUGUCAGCUAAUUUUAACGGGUCUUCUCAUUCAUCUGGACAAUUCGCACCUCACAGCCGUUCUUUUGGCGGUCAACCUUUUGGUGCUGCCCAUGAUAUUUCUAUUUUUCAUUCUGGCCCUCCAUUGAUGUCCAAGUUUCAUGAAGCUGCCAUUCACGGUCGCACGAGACCUAUGCAGGAAAUGCUUACUUUUCGUUUAUUGUGUCCUGUGGAAAGGGCAGGAAAUGUAAUUGGUAAAGGUGGAACAAUCAUAAAGACACUUCAGCAAGAGACAGUAAGUGAUAUCAAGAUUGUAGAAAGUCCUCCAGAUUCAGAGGAUUGUGUUAUUGUUAUAUCUGGUCCAGCGCACCCAGAAGAUAGAGUAUCCCCUGUGCAAGAAGCUGUAUUUCGUGUGCAAACUAGAAUAGCCAAGCCUAUGCCUGAUGCCAAAGAACAUACAAUGUUAGCAAGGUUUCUUGUUUCUUCCAAUCAAAUAGGUUGUCUCCUUGGCAAGGGUGGUUCCAUCAUAACUGAAAUGAGGAAGAAAUCAGGGGCCCAUAUCCGUAUAUUAGGAAAGGAUAAGGUUCCAAAGUGUGCUUCAGAAGAUGAAGAAGUAAUUCAGGUAAACGGAGAAAUUGAGGCAGUGCAUGAUGCUCUUAUGCAAAUAACUACUAGAUUAAAGCAUCAUUUCUUCCGUGAUUCACAUCCAUCUGUCAAUUAUCCUUCAAAUUCUCCAUUUGUGGAUCAACUUCCUCCAUUCCCACCUUAUUUAGGAAGACGGGGACUGUCACCUCCUGGGAUGUAUUCUGACCUUGGUCCUCCACCUUAUGCGGGUUUUCCUCAUGAUGACCGUCCUCCAUUUUUGAAUAACAUACACAGACCAGGCAUUCCUCCUCACAUAUCUGAAAGGAAGCAUUGGGGUCCUCAGGGGGUACUUGAAGGUGGCUCACGCAUUGGCUUGCCAGACUUUCCAGGAGGUCCUCCUAGAAGAAUUUCAGGAUUUGCAGGGGGUAGCCAACCAAUUAUCACAAGUACCACUGUUGAAGUUGUUGUUCCUCGAGCACUGGUGCCUGUAAUAUAUGGGGAAGAUGGUGAAUGCCUGAAACAAAUACUUCAGAUCUCUGAUGCAAAUAUUACUAUAACUGAUCCAAAACCCGGAGCUGUGGAAACUAAAAUUAUAAUAUCUGGAACCCCUGAGCAAACUCAUGCAGCCCAAAGUCUUAUUCAGGCAUUUGUCAUGAGUGAGAGGGAGUCUGGUUGAUCUCACUAUUUGGGUAAUAUACUAAUAGGUUUGUAUCUUUAGUCCGGAAGUUGUAAUUGAGCCUUUCUGCUUAAUUUUCUUCCUGUCUUAUUUUUUAGUAGGCAUGUGGUAUAAUCUGUGAAAUAUUAUCCUAUAGAAAUAUGACUAUGCCCCCCUCUGUGCUUUUAUGUGCA